GGGCAGCGCGCGUAACACCAACUCUCCAGAACCGGUCGUGCCGUUGUGGCUCAGCAGUCGUGCGUCCAGGAGGCCCGUCCGUUUCGUCGCAGCGGCAGCAGCCUCGCAGUGGCCUCCACGUCGUCACCGUCGCCCUGGCCGCCGCGGGCGGGCGCCUGGCACCCUGAGGGCCCGCCGCCGGACCUACGGCCGCCAUCUGCAGCAUGUCCGUGUCAGUUGUGCACUACCGGGGCAGAUCACCGCCAACAGGCAAGCCCCGCGACGUUGGCCAUGGAAAGGGACUAUGGCCCCCCGUUCCCUUACGGCGGGCCACCGCCUCCACCUCCACCAGCUGCGCACCAGUCAAUGGAUGAUCUGAAGCCCGUCAUUUCGUCGAGUCCACCUCAGGGAUCGCAAGGAAUGCAGCAAGGUCAGCAACACGGUCAGAGCAAGAAGGACUUGGACCGAGUGAAACGGCCCAUGAAUGCGUUUAUGGUGUGGUCUCGCGGGCAGCGAAGAAAGAUGGCUCAGGAGAAUCCAAAGAUGCACAAUUCCGAGAUCUCGAAACGGCUGGGCGCUGAGUGGAAGUUGCUUUCGGAAGCUGAGAAGCGGCCGUUCAUUGACGAAGCAAAGCGGCUGCGCGCCGUUCACAUGAAGGAGCACCCGGACUACAAGUACCGUCCGCGGCGCAAGACCAAAACGCUGCUCAAGAAAGACAAGUAUCCCGGGCCGCUGGGCGGUUCCCUGGUAGACGCGACGCGGCCUCCACCUCAGGUACCCACGACAAGAGACAUGUACCAGAUGAACGGUUACAUGCCCAAUGGGUACCCCAUGAUGGCGGACGCGUACCAGGGGUACGGCGGGGCCCAGAUGGCGCCAUACCCGCGCUACGACGUGUCCCCGCAGCUGGGUGCUCCGUACGUGAACGGUUCGUACGGCGCCGCUUACGGUCCACUCAAGACGUCCGCUGAAUCGAGUCCGACGCCACCGCAAAGUUCCCCUGGUGCGCCGCGUCGUGCCGGGUGCACACCGGACCUCCGGGACAUGAUCACCAUGUACCUGCCUCAAGGAAACGAUGAUCAGCGGCUCGCCAUGCAGUCCCACUACCAGCAACAGCAGCAGCAGGCCGCACAGGACUUGCAGUAGGACUUACGCAUGCGUGAAAGCUGCGACUCCGCGAGGUGAGUGGUGAAAGAUCGUCCUGGAGCGUACCAAAGCCUACCAAAGACCACCCUAAGUUAUUCCCCCCUCUCUUGAGUUCGCCUUCAUCUGUACAAAACCCAUUCCGUGUACAUAGCUCCCCCAAAAGAAAAAACAUGUUGCUCAGCUGCCGUUUUUACCAAGAGACUACUCUGUUGUGUGUCCCCUGUGUGUUUUUUGGACGACGACGAAAAAAUCGUGCACCAUAGUUUUUUUCUUGUUUUUUUUUUCUUUUUUUGUGCGUGGACAGGGACGAAGUGUUUGCCCUAUGCUGUAAAGUCCUUGUUGUCGCGUGGAACAUUGCAGCUAUCAUUUGUACAUAUAUAUACGGCACACUAACUGCCACACCAGCAGACAAUAAAAGACGGAGCCUUUCGAUUAUUGUAAAACG